GCAUUAAUCGUGUACAGACACCAGGUGCUUUCAGGACUACAAAGGGACAAACACAACCUACAAUGUCAGGGAGGCAGAGGCGAGAGUCACAGCAAAAUAGGAGAGUCAGUUCUCUUGGACCAAGGCCUGCAUCCACCGGACAGAAUGCGCAAGAACAACAUGGUCUUACUUUACAGGCAAAAAUUAACAGGCUUUCCCAGGAACGCAUGCGUCAGCUGUUCACUGUUAUUGCAGAACGUAAUCCUGAACUAGUACAAGACAUUCUGGAUGAGGAUGAGUCCAUUAACAUCCCACAUGAUGAUCAACGUAAUGCCGAACUACCUCCCCCAUGGUGCCUGUGCCAUUGCUGUAGGAGUAUGCCGACUUCUAGAGAGAGAGUCUGUUGUGGCAAUGGGCCCACAAACUGUUUGUCAUUAAUUCCGGAAAUGAGUGAAAUUGUAAUACAUCAAGGUGUACUACGUGUUGCGGAUACUUACAGGCGGUCAAUUUUCGGAAUACCUGCGGAAACUGAUGAAAACCGGCGAUACAGACAUGCUUCAUAUCGGCAAUUUACGGUCUGGCGUUACGGACGACUGGGAAGCAGAGUUCGUAGAGUAAUUCCAAGUUGCUGUGUGUGGCGAAUUCGUGACCGUUAUCCCGAUGCAUUAGGACAUUAUACUGGUUUUCUACCACAUCGGAGGGGGGGGUUUGACUGUUAAUAUAAUUUCUAGUG